CUGUCCAUGUGGGGCUGCAUAUGGCGGCGCCACCAGCACGAGUUCAUGGAUCGCGUGGACGAGGGUGACGUGAGCGCCAUGCUGCACGGUGUGCCUGGUGGGUUGCCCUCAGAUGCCCUCGUGGCGUGGCUGCCCCACGCCCUCGCCGACCUGCUGCUUCUCUGCCCGCCUGCCCUGCCCGCCAUCCUGCGCUGGACCCUUGCCAGGAUCAGGAGUCUGGAGUCCCGGGAGAAGGCCCAGUGGCCCGACAACGCCCUGCGUGUGGGCCACGCCGUGCUGGGGACCGUGGGGCGCGCCCUUAGUGGACCUGCGGCCCUCCUGCACCUGCUGCAGGUGUGUACCAUGACGGGGCUGUACAGGACCUGCGGCCCUCCUGCACCUGCUGCAGGACCUGCGGCCCUCCUGCACCUGCUGCAGGUGUGUACCAUGACGGGGCUGUACAGGACCUGCGGCCCUCCUGCACCUGCUGCAGGUGUGUACCAUGACGGGGCUGUACAGGACCUGCUGCCCUCCUGCACCUGCUGCAGGUGUGUACCAUGA